GAACGUGCGUGGAGCGCGUCGCAGAGCACGGGCGAGCUCGUUCCUCCGAGCGACAAUGACAACGUGCUAACGGUCUAGGCUGAUUCGAGAGCCAUGGCGAACAUCGCGGCACAGCGAAUCAAACGGGAAUUCAAAGAGGUUAUAAAGAGCGAGGAGAUAGCAAAAUGUGCGAUUAAAGUUGAGUUAGUCAACGAUAGUCUUACCGAAUUAAAGGGAGAGAUUGCUGGCCCACCGGACACCCCAUACGAAGGUGGUAAUUUUGUGCUCGAGAUCAAAGUUCCCGAGACGUAUCCAUUCAAUCCUCCCAAAGUACGUUUUAUAACAAAAAUAUGGCAUCCCAAUAUAUCUUCCGUCACUGGUGCCAUAUGUUUGGAUAUCUUGAAAGAUCAAUGGGCUGCCGCAAUGACUCUGCGCACAGUAUUGCUAUCGUUACAAGCAUUGUUAUCUGCAGCAGAACCUGAUGAUCCUCAGGAUGCAGUAGUCGCUAAACAAUAUAAAGAACAUCCUGAAUUGUUUCGUCAAACUGCCACACAUUGGACAUUUGUAUAUGCAGGUGGGCCAGCAAAAAUGCCCGAUUUAGAUGACAAGAUAAGAAGAUUAACAGAUAUGGGAAUUGAAGAACAUAACGCAAGAGUUGCUUUAUCUUCGUAUAAUUGGGACUUGGAACGCGCCACCGAGCACUGCCUCUUCAGUUAGUGAUAACUACAUAGUUAAUUUGUCACAUCCAAACAUUUGUCACAUCCACUCAUUUUGUGCUAAAAAUUUCCUUGUAAUAAUACCAUGUUCGGAUAUAUAUCAUUAAUAGUUUUACAAUUGAAAUUCCGCAUCUAUAAUGACAAUAUCUGGAUGUAAAAAGACAUCACAAGACAGAAAAGCUAUUCAAUAUCUACCAAUAGUCAUUUAUUUAAUUUGUAACAUAAGCGUGAGAGAGAAAUAAUUAUUAAAGAAAUGGCUAGUAUGAAUCAAUUAGCUAAAUUUUAAGCAUUCUGUGAGGAAUAUACUGUUCUGCAUUACAUUCUAUUCAAAUUCCAUUGUUGCUUAAGAAAUAACGUAAUGUUACAACAAAAUGCGUAUCCUUUAGCUUUGUAUACCAUUGUCAAAUUUUUAUUAUUUUAUCAGCCAUUAAUGUUUUCCAUUGCAUUAUAGAUUUUGAAUUUGUAUUAAAGAGGGAUUUGUAUUGAAUUUUCAGUAAAGUCUAAUCUAAGUAAUCUAUGUAUUCAUGAUACUAUCUUUCAAGCGUAAUUAAAUCGUGCAAUUUCUAUAAUUUAUCUAUGAUCUAUCUUUUAUAUCAGUGAUACACAAAUUUUCUUGAUGAGCUGUGCAUAAUUAUAUGCCAUACUUACAUUUUAAUGAAAGGUACAUGUUACAAUAAAAAUAACGUAUUUCUUUCGUUCUUUAAUACAAGACAUAUAGGUUCAUGAACUGUAAUAGGUAAUUACAGUUCAUCAUUUUUCAUUAUUAAAUAAAUUGUUACUAUUGCACUUUUACAUAAUUGAAUUUGUUCCUAAUAAAAAACGAUAUUAGGCUUAAGAUUUUCAAGAAGCAUGAGAAAAUUUUGAAUGUCCCUUUUUUUUAUCUUUUUAUCUUUUUAUAUUUAAAUCUGUCGUUUUUUUUAAUUUAAGAAACUUAAUUUUUUUGGACCAAUUUUGAAGUCAGAAUCAGAACCACUAACAAUAAGUGUAAUUUGGUCAUCACUGAUCUAUGAUGAAUAAAGUAAUAUUGAAGCAAUA